AUGGCCAAUUCUGUUAAUAUUUCUAUCGAAGCUCCUAUUGAAAAUCAGAUUCAAGAAAUCACCUACGAUGGUCAAGAAAUAUAUCAAGCACCACUAUCUAUGUCAGAAAACCUCGCUAGAUUAGCACAAAAGAUAGACUUUUCAAAGACUGAGGAUGAAUUCUGUAAUAUUAAAAAAGAGGGAGAGAGUACUUCAGAGACUAAAUCUGAAGAUGAGAGUAAAGAGCCAGGAUAUCAAUCAAGCCUGUGGCCAUGGGAUUCUGUGAGAAAUAAGUUAAAAAAUGCACUUACUGAAGUGUGUGUACUGGCUGACGUCCUAAGCAUUGCUAAAGAGAAGAGGUACAUGGUGCUUGAUCCAAUUCAAGCUGAGCCAGUAGAUAGCAGACCAAUGGUACAAGUAUAUGGACGUAAAAAAGCAUUAGGUGCUGCUGGAGCUGUUCUCUUGGCUGGCGUUGAACGACUGCGAGCUAGUGAGACCAUGAGAAUGACACGCAAUAUGCCAGACUUUCACAUAGACCUAUUGCGUCUUAGACAGAAUUGGCGAUUAAAAAAAGUCUCCAAUACAAUUGUUGGAGAUUUAAGUUAUAGAACUGCUGGUUCCAAAUUCAGUCAGACAGGAGUCUUUGAGGUUACCAAAGCACCAGAAGAACAGAUAGCACAAGCUAUGAGUAUGAAUGCAUCUGGACCAGCUCCAUCUGCAUUGCGAGUUACAGUCCCUCCAGAGUUACAAGGAGUGGCUUUUAUCUCAGUUCUCUGUCAGAAAGAGCAAGAAGAUGUAGUGACAGCAACCCUGAGCUCCUCAGCACUAAACUGCCCUGGAACACUUCCUGGUGAUGGAGCAGAACUACACUGGCAGCAGAAAUUAGAAGCAGCCCAGAAUGUUCUUUUCUGCAAGGAACUGUUUGCUCGCCUUGCAGCUGAAGCCGUCCAGUUAGAUGCUACUAUACCACAUAUGGUGGUAGGAAAUCAGAUAAUGGCUACAGUUCUACCUGGCAUCCAGUUGCUAAUUGGGCUGUGCCACAAUAACGGUCAAAACACCAGUAAUGCCAAUCCUGAAGGAGUUAAGACUGAGGGUUCGAGCGGCAAAUCAGAUCACGAUCAUGUGUUAGAACAUUCGCUCCAUCAACUGUUGCGCGCCGUCCACCACAACAACACGCACCACCCGUUCCCGCACCCCGCCACCGGCCCGCUAGGACCCUCAAAACGACGCUCGCUCGCAGGUCCCAUGGCAGCAGACCGGUAUGAGUUGCUAGAGAUGAGCAAGGAGCAGUCGCUCCUCGAGCAGAUAAUCCAACAAGCACAACAUUUCUUCAUGCGUAGGCGCAGCGAAUAUGUGCUGGAUACUAUUGCAAAAGAGGUGAAGGAUCCGUUGAUAGUGUCGCACUGGAACGCAUUGAACAGUCCAACUCAGUCGUGCGUCAAAAUCAACAUAAUGGCGUACGGGUAUGACGCGGUCUGCCGAACUUCUCUAGUGGUACACGUGGGCGAGAAGACACUGAAAUGCAUCUGCCGCGAUGGCAAAGUGCGCCAUCUGUCCUAUGAGUUGCAGGAGUUGAGGGAUCUCAUCUAUUGUCAGAUCUACCAGCACCAGAUGACAGCGGUGCAGGCGGUGGGGCGCUGCAUGGGCUGGCAGCUGCUGGCCAGCUCGGCGCACCUGGGCUCGGGGCCCGUCGAGCCGCUCGCCAACGCCUCCACCUGCCUGCUGGCCUCGCCCACCGGUGACAGAAUGAUAGCAAUAAGGUGUGAACCAUCAGUGGGUAUUCAAGUCUUCAUAGCUCAGUCUCCCAGGAAGGACUUCUUUGCAAGUGAAUUAGUACAAGAUAAGAAAUGGGAGAACCUGGGUGGCGCCUUCAAAGAAAUUAAAUUAGAAAAAAUGGAAGGCAAAAACUUUCUAAAUAAGAUGGAAUUGCUGAUGGCAUGCCUAAGCAGCCCUUCAUAA